UUGACGGAGUCGUGCCACGACGUGGCGGUGCCUAAAGUAUGUAAAACAUUAAAAUUUACUUUAUUUUUUGGCCUUUUUGUUUUAAGAGUUUGACGCGGAUACUAAUGCCGACCAAUUCCCCGAGAAGGGAAAGGGAAAUAGAUAGCGCACCCAAUCCAAACCCUAACCCUAAUUUCAACCCUGAUCUCUCGCUUGAGAUCAGUUUCAGAUCCAGAGGGAUCCGGUCCUUUCUUCCCUCAAAACUCGGAUCCAAAUGAUCACUCCAAGAAUCACACAAUUCUGUCCAAUUUCGAUCGUUUGAUCCCAUCCAAGAUUGAUCGGUUUCUUGAAAAAAACGAGCGAAUUUGCUGGAAGAUUCUGAGACCAGAGCAUUUCAAGAUCAAGAAGACGAGAUCGGAGAUGAGCGACGGCGAGGAUGGAAAUAGUAACCCUAGGGAACCGGUGGAGCUCGACGAUGAACAGAUCGCCGAACUCCGAGAAAUCUUCAGAUCGUUCGAUCGGAACAACGACGGCAGCCUCACUCAGCUCGAGCUCGGAUCGCUUCUCCGAUCGCUCGGCCUAAAGCCGAGUCCUGAUCAGCUCGAAGCCCUAAUUCAAAAGGCUGACACUAAUAGCAAUGGCCUCAUUGAAUUCUCUGAGUUUGUAGCUUUAGUUGCUCCUGAGCUUCUACCGGCUAAAUCGCCGUACACUGAGGAGCAAUUGAAGCAGUUGUUCAAGGUGUUCGAUAGAGAUGGGAAUGGGUUUAUUACUGCGGCGGAGCUCGCUCAUUCAAUGGCGAAGCUAGGGCAUGCUUUGACGGCAAAGGAGUUGACGGGGAUGAUCAAAGAGGCGGAUACUGAUGGGGAUGGGAGGAUCAGUUUUCAGGAGUUCUCGCGGGCGAUAACAUCUGCUGCUUUUGAUAAUUCAUGGACAUGAGGGAUAGUGAGCAAGAUGGAUUGGUAAGGGAUCAACAGAGCCUGACUCGGAUAUAACUGCCCUAAGGAGACAUAAUGCAGGUGAGAAGACGUGGCUUUGAUCUAUACUCCAAUUUAUUUUCUAUUUUAAACUAAAAUGUUAAGCCACUCUCCAAGACACAGAGUUUAACUGUUUAAGUGAUAUGUUUUGAUUGUUUCUGUUCCUCAAAGAUCAAUAGGAUACAAAUUUGUGGAACUUUCUUUCCCUUCGCUGUUCUAAUUGUUUAAAAAUGCUUGU